AUGAGCGCAUUGGACCUGGAUCUCUCGCGGCUCUCGCUCGCCUCGCCGUACCCGCCCCAGGGCCACGAGCGCCACCAGGCGCACCACGGCGUCCCCAGCAAUGCACACAGGAGUCAGUCGUCGUCGCUCGACAGGCAGGUCGACUCGCUCUCGCCGCCGCCGUCCCAGUCCAACCCGUCGCAGGGCACCGCCAACUCGUCCCUCCAGCCUCACCAGAUCAUGCAGCCGCCCGUCCACUCGGGUCCUCCGCCUCACAUUCAGCUCAAGGAACCCCAGAGGAGGCGCGGCGUCGUCAAGUUUUUCAACAGCUUGAAGGGCUUCGGCUUUGUCGUCGACAACGACCCGGCGGCGCUUGGCGGUCAGGAAGUCUUCUGCCACUUCAGCGCGAUUGCGGGAAAGAGCGGGUUCAGGUCGCUCGCAGAGGGCGAGGAAGUCGAGUAUGAGCUCGUGCAGGGGCCGAAGGGAUUCCAGGCGGCCAACUUGACAGGACCGGGCGGACGCAGCGUUGUCGGUGACCCCAAGGCUCGCAUGCAGAAGCCUCCCGCCUACCUCUCGCUCGCUCCUUUCGCCAUGCCCCUCGGCGCUCCCUACCUCGCCGACCCGUACCACGCCCAGCACGCAGGCGUCUACGCCGGCUCACCCUACACUCAGCACGUCCUCUACGUCCCGGCGACCGCUUCCCUCCCUCCGACGCAAUACACCUACGCUCCCGUCCCUAUCGCCGCUGGUCCGCCCACGCACCGUCACCAGCCGUCUGGCUCGAUGACGGGCGCGCCCUCAAGCGCCUCGACAAGCCCCUUUGCCGCGCCGCAAUACCAGAGCUACGCAUCGCCUAGCCCGCUCGGAAGUGGCUCGGCCCCUCAGGCGGCUAGCAAUGGUACCGCAGGUGCCGGUGGAGCAGAGCGCUACUCUGGCAUGGCUCGCAUCGGCGGCGGAGGAGCUGGCGGGUUUGGCGCGCCUCAGCAGCCUGGAGCGGGAGACCUCCCGCGCGGUCUCGGCGGCGCGGCGGGUCCGACGUUCGGUACUGUCCCUCCGCAUGCCGGUCCCGCCAGUUUCUCGCCUCCCGGCGGCUUCGUCGGCCUGCCCGGCUCGCCCGGCGGACCUGCAGCAGGCGGAGCAGGAGGAGGAGGCGGCCCUUCGUUCGGCGGCUUCGCGCCCUUUUCGCCUCCCUCGUUCAACCACGCCCCGCUCUUCCCUCCCCCUCCCGGGGACGCGCAAGCCGGUUUCGCCUCGUUCGGCUCGUUCGCGCCGCAGCACCAGCAGCACCCCUUCGCCGCUGGCGCAGGAGGACCCCCUUCGCGCGGUCCGUCCGCCUCGACGCCCUCGACUUCCGCUCUCUUUGGCACUUCGACAGCGUCGGCUUCAGGGACGCCUCUCCCUGCCCCCAUCGGUAGUCGCUCGGGAACGCCUGCCGCUGGCGGUCGCUCGACGCCUGCGCUCGGUAACGGGUCGCUCGGCAAUGACGCAUGGAAGACGACUGCCCCGGGCUCGAGCGGCGGGUUGUACGUCAACGGCGAGUAG